GAGAAUACUUCCUCACCAAGUACAUCCUACGUAUAAAUAGUCUGAAAUCCCUCAACUUCUCAACUUCCUCCCAAACUACCUGACCCCCCUGAUACUACCAAUCAAUCUUCAAGAUUAUUUCUCUUUCGUCAUGAGCGACGAAGAAGAUUUACACCGCCGUGAAAUUCCUCAUCUGAGCUUCAACCGCCUUAAGGUACUCUCGGCUCUCGGCCGGGGAGCCAAGGGCGUGGUGUUCCUCGUCAAAGAUGAAGACCGCGACGAGUUUCUUGCUCUCAAGGUUAUCUCCAAGGCACUGAUCGAGAAGAAAGGGAAGGCAGUAGCCGAAGGAAAUGAGUACCGGAGAGUCUGCUUCGAGCAAGGAGUCCUCAGCCUUCUUCGUCACCCGCUUUUCCCGAGAUUGCGCGGCGUUUUGGAUACUGAUAAGCUUGUUGGCUACGCCAUUGAUUAUUGCCCCGGUCGCGAUCUUAAUGUCCUCAGGAAAAGACAGAGUGAGAAAAUGUUCUCCGAUGAUAUCAUUAGGUUUUACGCAGCGGAACUGGUUAUUGCAUUGGAAUAUUUACACAAAUUAGGAAUAGCUUACAGAGAUUUGAAGCCGGAAAACGUAAUGGUUCAAGAAAACGGUCACAUUAUGAUGGUGGAUUUCGACCUCUCCACAAAACUCUCUCCCAGGACGACUCCCGCGUCCUCUCCAUGUUCAUCAAACUCGGUUGCAACAUCGCGCAACUCGUUAAGCAGCAAGAAACGACCAUCGCCGUUUCACCGACUCUGCAACUCAGGAAUUUCACCCGAAGACUUGGCCUCAAUGAACGGACACAGCGAAAACUCAGCACGAGCCGAAUCCGACUCAACAGAGAAAUCCAACUCAUUCGUUGGAACAGAGGAGUACGUAGCACCGGAGAUCAUCUCAGGCGAAGGACACAAUUUCGCGGUGGAUUGGUGGUCCCUCGGCGUUCUCCUAUACGAAAUGCUCUACGGAGUGACGCCAUUCAAAGGCUCGAAUCGGAAGGAGACAUUUUACCGGAUUCUGACGAAGACGCCGGAUUUGAACGGAGAAGCAACGCCAUUGAGAGACUUGAUUAGGAAGCUUCUGGAGAAGGAUCCGAAGCAGAGAAUCGAGUUAGAGGAGAUCAAGGGCCACGAUUUCUUCAGGGGAAUGGACUGGGAAUCGGUGGUCCAGAUCUCGAGGCCACCUUUUAUUCCGGAGAAUGUCGAUAACGAUAUCGAAGGGAAUAACAAUAAUAACACGAAUAUUGACGUGGAGUCAGUUGUUCAAGGCAUCUUCCAAAACGGCGACGUUGAGAAGAAUAAGAAAACUGACCAAAAACAGAGUGGUGAUUAUGCUGAAAUUGUAAAUAACAAGAAGGUCUGGAAUGGAGCAUUUAAUCAUCACCCAACUCAAACCGAAAAUUUUCUAGUCUUUUGAUUUUUAUUUAUUUUUAAAAAAAUAUUCUUUAUUUGUUUAUAAUAUGGUAUGACUUAAAUUCUUAGAGAAUCAUAUCAGAACAGAACAUAUUAUUCGUUUUGUUUUUCUUAGGAAAUGGAGAACAUUAUAGUUAUGAUAUCAUAAUUUUGCAGCCUCAAUUUUGGGUUGAAUGUGGUAAAA